UCUGGAUACGCCGUUACGUCCUCUUGCGUGAAGCUAGCUUGGGUCUGUUAUGACACCAGCGACACUUUGACCUGAUCAGCCGCUGUGAGUCCACUUUACGAUCUUUUAACACAACAACGUGACAGAAUGAACCAACACCGAUGAAAGUACGUUAACGUCUCGCUGUCGGUUGACGUUGUUGUCGUCGCAGAGCUGAAAACACGGUUUGCUAACAGCUAGCUAGCACCGAGCUAACAGGUAGCUAGCGCCGAGCUAACAGCCAGCUAGCAUCGAGCUAACAGCCAGCUAGCAUCAAGCUAACAGCUAGCUAGCACCGAGCUAGCACCUGCCGUCAUGUUGGCCCGGCUGCUGCUCGGCGUCCUCAACAAGCUCCAGGUGGUGGAGAAGCUGGCGGAGUCCCGGCCCAUGCGACGGGCGGCGCAGAUCACCGCCUACGCCAUCACCCGGGCUCAGCUGGCCGGCCGGGACGCCUCGGAGCGGGCCAUGCGAUCCCAGACCCUGCGGCAGGUCCGGGAGGAGGCCGGCAGGGUGCCCCGGGACCUGGGCGAGGUGGGCGGCCGCCUGAAGAGGGUCCGGGACACGUUCGUGAAGGAGGUGAAGGAGGGAUGGAAGGACGGAUCCAGGCAGAUCAAGAAGUAAACAGGACAAGUAAACAUCACUUUCAUGACCUGGUUGUGAUUCCAGUAACUUUCCUGCUGGAGGAAUACAGAAUCUACCUGUGCCAGCAACAUGUCUCCCACCAGGAAGGGACUGGUGUGCUGUUAAUCAUCACUCACAUGGGAUCUAUGUCCAGAGUCUUCAUGUGUUCCUAAAGUAUCCAGCUCUCUGAAAAACACAUGGACGUUUGCUGUGUGCACUUUGUUUUGUUUAAGGGAAUCAUGUGGGGAACAGUUAAAAACCUCUGGAGCUGCACUGUACGAAUCACCACAUAAUAAUGUCCUGAUGAAAGUAUAGUUUUUUAAAUUUCACUUUAACCGAUGUGCCGUGCACUCGAUCAUCUGUGACACCAAAUCCUGCCGAGGACCUUCAUUUCCUUCAUUUGACAUUAAGUUGUCAGAGGGAAUCUUGUAUCAGCUGUAUAUGUAUAUUCAGAGGGACAUUGUAUGUAAGACAUUGAAUUCACCCUGUUGUCCAGGUUGUAUAAAUAAAGAUGAUUAUUUAUGACAUAA